UCCCGCCUCUUUCUACUUUCCCCUUUUCAAAUCCACCAAAGCUGAAACCCCCCCUCAGCCCCUCAUACACCCCCAAAAUUCCCCAAUCUCACUCGCUCACUCUUCCAUGGCACCUCCCUUCAUUUUCUCCCCGAACCUCGAAACCGAAUCCGAGUCCGACCGUCUCUCCGUCCAAACCCUCACCGACAUCUCCUCCUUCCGCCCAUCCUCUCUGGAAGAAUUCGUCAAAGCCGUCUCCUUCGAUCUCUCCGACAAAGAGCUCUUCUGUGUCGAAGAGCAGGACUUAUUCGACCGCGUCUACUCUCUCGUCAAAAACUUCUCAUCUCUCUCUCCGUCUUGCAAAUUCAAUCUCGUCGAGAGUCUAAGGUCCAAUUUCAGUGUCUUGCUUCCCAAUGUUGAUUCUCUUUCCAGGGCUUCGCAGUCUCAACACGAUGACCAGAUUCCGCUUGUUGAUCGUAUUGCGUCGCACAGGAAUGCGUUUAAGAUUUACACGUAUUUUCUUAUUCAGGUUGUGCUCGCGGAGGAGUCAAACAUUUCGACCAAUCACUCCACUAAAGUUGCAGCGAGUAGUAGGAAAAAACAGCUUAUUAAUUCAUGGAACUGGGAAUCACAGAGAAGCCGGAUACUGAAUUUGAUUGCUAAUUCUCUGGAGAUCAACCUUUCCUUGUUAUUUGGAUCCUCGGAUCCUGAUGAAAAUUACAUAUCAUUUAUUAUGAAGAAUUCCUUCUUUAUGUUUGAGAAUGCAACGAUGUUAAAGGAUGCAGACACGAAAGAUGCUUUGUGUCGUAUAAUUGGUACUUGUGCCACCAAAUACCAUUAUACGGCACAUUCAUGUGCUUCAAUCCUUCAUCUGAUUCAUAGACAUGAUUUUGUUGUUUCCCACUUGGCUCAUGCGGUCGCUAUAGCUGAAAAGAAGUAUGCUGAUGGAAGCAUGGCCACUUACCUUAUUCGAGAGAUUGGUAGAACUAAUCCAAAAGAGUAUGUAAGAGAUGCUGUUGGGGCUGAAAAUAUUGGCCGGUUUCUAGUGGAACUUUCUGACAGACUGCCAAAGUUGAUAUCCACUAACAUAGGUUUAUUGGUUCCUCACUUUGGUGGAGAGUCGUAUAAGAUAAGGAAUGCCCUUGUUGGGGUUUUAGGGAAGUUGGUCUCCAAAGCCUUCAGUGACUUCGAGGGUGAAGUGAGUUCCAAAUCUAUUCGCCUUCGAACCAAGCAGGCCAUGUUGGAAAUUUUGCUGGAACGUUGUCGUGAUGUUUCUGCUUAUACUAGGAGUCGGGUUCUACAAGUCUGGGCUGAGUUAUGCGAAGAACAUGCUGUUUCAAUUGGUCUUUGGAAUGAGGUUGCAGCAGUAGCAGCAGGGAGGUUGGAGGAUAAAAGUGCAAUUGUACGAAAGUCUGCACUAAAUUUACUUAUUAUUAUGUUACAACAUAACCCGUUUGGUCCACAACUUCGAAUAGCUUCUUUUGAGGCAACUCUAGAGCAGUACAGGAAGAAGUUGAAGGAGCUUGUGCCUGAUUCCCAACCAGAGAAUGUUCUAGAUGAGCUGCCUUUAGAUAGUGAUGCUUGCAAUGGAGAUGGCGAGGUUGAUGAUCCAAGAGCUGAAGCCAGACCCAAGGAACAACAAGAUAGUUUAACUGAUAGUUGUUUGCUGGAAGUAGAUAAUGAAAUUAUCCAGGAGAAUGUUGUUCCAGAUGUUGGAAAUAUGGAGCAAACUAGGACUCUGAUUGCAUCACUAGAGGCGGGCUUGUGUUUCUCGAAGUGUGUAUCGGACACAAUGUCAACCCUUGUGCAAUUGAUGGCUUCUUCUUCUGCAUCUGAUGUUGAGAACACAAUCCUACUGUUAAUGAGGUGCAAGCAGUUUCAAAUUGAUGGAGCAGAAUCUUGCCUCCGUAAAAUGUUACCCCUGGUUUUCUCGCAGGAAAAAUCUAUAUAUGAAGCUGUGGAGAAUGCAUUUAUCACAAUCUAUUUAAAGAAAAGUCCUGUAGAAACUGCUAAAAAUCUUAUGAAUCUUGCAAUCGAAUCAAAUAUCGGAGAUCUUGCAGCUUUAGAGUUCAUUGUUGCUGCUCUGGUAUCGAAAGGGGAUAUUACGAGUAGCAUGCUAUCAUCUUUAUGGGAUUUCUUUUGUUUUAACAUCAGCGGAACCACAGCAGAGCAGAGCCGUGGUGCUUUAUUUGUCCUUUGCAUGGCUGCAAAAUCAUCUCCUGCAGUUCUUGGUUUGCACCUACAAGACAUUGUUGAUAUUGGUUUCGGUCGAUGGGCAAAAAUGGACCCUUUGCUUGCUAGAACAGCUUGCAUUGCACUUCAAAGGUUGUCAGGAGAGGAUCAGAAAAAACUGUUGUCUAAGAGUGGAAGCCGGUUAUUUGGUAUUCUAGAAAGCCUAAUUACUGGGUCUGGUCUUCCAGAAAACAUAUGGUAUGCUGCUGCUGAUAAAGCUAUUACUACAAUAUACACAAUCCAUCCAAGUCCUGAGACCUUUGCAGCGGAUCUGGUGAAAAAAGUUGUCAGAUCUGUAUUUGCCUUUAAUGGAGGGGAUGACCUGGAAACUGUCACCCCCAAUGAAUAUACUGAUGUCCUCACCAAACUUGAAGUAACAAAACUUAGCAGGUUUUUAUAUAUUGUCAGCCACAUCGCCAUGAGUCAGUUAGUCUAUAUUGAAUCUUGCGUUCGAAAGAUUCAGAAAGAGAAAGCAAAAAAAGAAAGAUUAGUUGCAGAAGGGAAGAGUGUUGACUGUAAUGGCAUGACACCUCAUGAUGCAGACAAGGAAAAUGGAAUCAACGCAGAGCUAGGUCUGGCUUGCACUGAUGACACGAUACUUGAUACUUUAUCUGCAAGUGCAGAGAAGGAAAUAGUUUCUGCUGGUUCUGUUGAGAAGAAUCUGAUUGGGUCGUGUGGCUCUUUUCUAUCAAAACUUUGUCGAAAUAUAACAUUGAUGCAGAAGUAUCCUGAGUUGCAGGCAUCUGGAAUGCUUGCUCUAUGUCGACUCAUGAUUAUUGAUACAGAUUUUUGUGAUGCAAAUCUCCAGCUUCUUUUUACUGUGGUGGAGAGUGCGCCGUCAGAAACUGUUCGCUCUAAUUGCACUAUUGCUCUUGGAGACCUGGCAGUUCGAUUUCCAAAUUUAUUGGAACCGUGGACUGAACAUAUGUAUGCAAGGUUAAGUGAUACCUCAGUUGCUGUUCGGAAGAAUGCAGUGUUGGUUUUGUCCCACCUGAUUUUAAAUGACAUGAUGAAGGUUAAAGGCCACAUAUAUGAAAUGGCUAUACGAUUAGAAGAUGAAGAUGAACGGAUUUCUAGCCUUGCCAAACUAUUCUUUCACGAGUUGUCAAAAAAAGGGAGUAAUCCUAUCUAUAAUUUGCUGCCUGACAUCCUUGGCAAACUAUCCAACAAGAACUUGGAAAGAGAAACUUUUUGCAACAUUAUGCAAUUUUUGAUUGGUUCUAUCAAGAAGGAUAAACAAAUGGAGGCUCUCGUUGAAAAGCUUUGCAACAGAUUCAGCGGAGUCACAGAUACCAAACAAUGGGAAUACAUAUCUUACUGUCUCUCUCAGUUAUCCUUUACUGAUAAAGGCAUGAAAAAGUUAAUCGAGUUAUUCAAGACUUAUGAACAUGUCCUGUGUGAAGAUUUGGUGAUGGAUCACUUUAAAAAUAUCAUCAAUAAGGGCAAGAAAUUUGCUAAGCCAGAACUUAAAACUUGCAUUGAGGAGUUCGAGGAGAAGAUAAAUAAGUUUCAUAUUGAAAAAAAGGAACAAGAGGUUACUGCUAGAAAUGCCGAGGCCCACCAACAAAAACUUCGAAGCCUGGAAAACAUUAAAGUUGCUGUUGAGGAUGGGCUAGAAAGUACGGAAUCCAAAACCUCUAAAGCUGGGACAGACAGCGAGGUCACCGAUGAAGUAAGCACUGCAUCUGUGCCAACUGAACGGAUUCCAGAGUCGGAAGAUAAUUCACCUGCUUCUAGUGAGCUGAUAGAACCUGAGUCUUCUGACAGCGAGGUUCAGUCUGCACAAGUUAUAUCUAAAGAGGUGAUGAAAUCCAGAGCCAAGAAAGCCACCGUAAAGGAUGAAAAGUGUGACUCUGAAGUUCCCCCCAGAAUUACCAGGUCACGAAGAAGGAAUGUAUGACAAAACAGCUUCGGAUCCUCGGUUUUCAACCAGUAAAAGAAUUAUCCUCUAUGGUAUGAUAUGUAAGGUGUUUGAGCCAUGGAUGGAGUAUAAGUUUGCAUUCAGAAAAGUUCUAUUCAGAGUAGUUGUGGAUAUGGCUUCAUUUUGUUUUAAAAAACCCCUAUAUGAUAUGAUGUAUCUCACAUCAUCUGCUUGAUAUCUGCUUGAUCAACUCUAACAGUGUAAUCAACUCUCAAUGGUAAAGAAAGAAACUGGAAUAUAUUUUUCCCAUCCUUAAAA